CAGGAGAGAAGUGUACCAAACAAAUAGAAAAAGCAAAGGUCGAGAAAAACCCAGACCAAACAAAUAGAGAAAGCAUAAAAUUUAAAGUCAGUCCUUGAUAACUAGGAGCCAGAUUAUAAUAUAAAAUUUGCCGCACAGCGAUGUAAUAUGCCCAAAUGAUGAACAAUCGUUUGCUCGUCGGUCUGUCGAAAAGUUAGCUCUAAGCUAGUCCAAGCAAUGGAAUGCCAACUCCUUUAAAACGAUUUGAACAUCUUCCCGCCAUGCAGCACCAGAAAUGCAAAUGCGAGCUUCUGCAAAGCUCAUAUCCUCCACGCACCCAACUCUCCAUCUUUCCCAUCCCACCCCCGAGUCUUUCGUCUGGAACACCCUUAUCCGAGCCCAUGUCCAAGCCGCAGUCCCAAACCCCUAUUCCCCACUCUCCGUCUUCCUUCGCAUGCGCUUACACGGAGUUGUACCCGACAACCGCACCUUCCCUUUUCUCCUUCAGUCUUUCGGUUCUCUUCCUUACCUCCAAUCGGGAAAGCAGAUCCAUGCCCAAGUUUUUCUAUUUGGAUUCACGCACGACCCGUUUGUCCAAACAUCUCUCAUCCAUAUGUACUCGUCUUGUGGCAAUUUGAUGCUUGCUCGCCAAGUGUUUGAUGGGAUUUAUGAACCUGAUUUACCGUCUUGGAAUUCAAUUAUGAAUGCCUAUUCGAAAGUGGGGUUGAUAGGCAAUGCGAGAGAGGUGUUCGAUAAAAUGCCACACAGAAAUGUGAUUUCUUGGAGUUGUAUGAUAAAGGGGUACGUCAUGUGCGGUGGUUAUAAGGAAGCACUUGCCCUGUUUCGUGAAAUGCAAAUGUUGGAUGCGGAUGGUGCGAGGCCUAAUGAGUAUACCAUGUCAAGCGUACUUUUGGCUUGUGGCCGAUUGGGUGCACUUGAGCAUGGAAAAUGGGUUCAUGCUUAUAUCGACAAAUCUGGGAUGGAAAUUGAUGUUGUCUUAGGGACGGCAUUGGUGGACAUGUAUGCCAAAUGUGGAAGUAUUGAGAAAGCAAAAUGGGUUUUUGAUAAUAUGGGCCCUAAUAAGGAUGUCAUGGCCUGGAGUUCAAUGAUUUCAGGACUGGCCAUGCAUGGACAUGCUACUGAAUGCCUUGAAUUGUUUUCUGAAAUGGUAAAGUGUGGUGUGAGGCCUAAUGCUGUGACAUUUGUGGGUGUUCUUUGUGCUUGUGUGCAUGGAGGUUUGGUGGGUGAAGGUAAGGAGUAUUUUAGGAGAAUGGACGAGGAGUUUGGUGUUAAGCCUUUAAUCCAGCACUACGGUUGCAUCGUUGACCUUUAUGGAAGAGCUGGUCUUGUUAGGGAGGCAUUGAAGGUGGUGCAGUCCAUGCCAAUGGAGCCUGAUGUACUUAUCUGGGGGGCUCUACUGAGUGGAUCUAGGAUGCAGAAGGACAUCGAAACAAGUGAGAUUGCACUGAAGAAUCUAAUUCAGUUGGAUCCCACGAAUAGCGGUGCAUAUGUGCUUUUAUCAAAUGUGUAUGCAAAGAUGGGUAGAUGGAGCGAAGUAACGCGUGUGAGAGAUCUCAUGGAGGAAAGGGAGAUCAAAAAGGUCCCUGGUUGUAGCUUGGUUGAGGUAGGAGGUGUUCUUCAUGAGUUUUUCGUGGGCGACGAUUCUCAUCCAGAAAGUCGAGAAAUAUAUAUGAUGCUAGAUGAGAUCAUGAAGAGGUUGAAGAUGAGAGGUUUUGUUGGAAAUACAAGUGAGGUAUUGCUUGAGCUGGAUGAGGAAGGAAAGGAGUUGGCUUUGUCCUUUCAUAGUGAGAAAUUGGCAGUUGCCUUCUGCUUUUUGAAGACAAGUCCAGGCACCCCAAUUCGAAUUGUUAAAAACCUGAGGAUAUGUCGUGAUUGUCAUGAUGCUAUGAAGAUGAUUUCCAAAGAGUUUGAUCGGGAAAUUGUUAUCAGAGAUUGCAAUCGGUUUCACCAUUUUAGACAAGGACUGUGCUCUUGUAAAGACUAUUGGUAGAAGGGUUAUUAUUCCUGGAAUUUGGUUAAGUUGGUAAAUUCAUUAAUUAUAAUUUAUAAUAAUCAUAA